GCUUCCCCUUUUCUGCCUCACUCGGGGCGCUGGCUCCUUCCCCUCAGUGCCUCAGAGGAGGGGACGCAGCACCAUGGCCCCCCACGCAGCCCCCAUCCGCCAGAUCUGCUGCUGCUUCAAUGUCAAGAUUGCCACCACAGCUCUGGCCAUCUACCAUGUGGUCAUGAGCGUCCUGCUGUUCAUCGAGCAUGCGGUGGAGGUGGCCCACGGCAAGGCCCCCUGCAGACCGUCCAAGACGCUCUACCUGCGGAUCGCGGACCUGGUCUCCAGCUUCCUGCUCAUAAGCAUGCUGCUCGUCAUCAGCCUGAGCCUGCUGGUCGGCGUGGUCAAGAACCGAGAGAAGCUCCUGCUGCCCUUCCUGUCCCUGCAAAUCAUGGACUUCCUGCUAUGCCUGCUCACCCUGCUGGGCUCCUACAUCGAGCUGCCCGCCUACCUCAAGUUUGCCUCCCGGACGCGGCCUGGCCCUUCCAAGGUGCCCUUGCUGACCCUGCAGCUGCUGGACUUCUUCCUCAGCAUCCUGACCCUCUGCAGCUCCUACAUGGAAGUGCCCACCUAUCUCAACUUCAAGUCCAUGAACCACAUGAAUUACCUCCCGAGCCAGGAGGGCAUGCCGCACGGCCGCUUCGUGCAGAUGAUGCUGAUCUUCUCCGUCGCCUUUGUCAGCGUCCUCAUCCUGAAGGUCUACAUGUUCAAGUGCGUGUGGAGAUGCUACCAAUUCAUGAAGUAUAUGAACUCAGCCUUGGAGAGGAGCCACUCCAAGAUUCCUCCGAAGGUGGUCCUGCCGUCCUACGAGGAAGCCAUCUCUCUGCCCUCCAAGUCUCCAGAGGGGGGCCCGGCACCACCCCCAUACUCAGAGGUGUGACCCCGCCAAGCCCCAGCCCAAGAGCUGGGAGGGGCAGAGCUGCCUUGUAAUCUGCUUCUUUGCUUUGGGGGCUCCCGUGGGCUGGGUGGCCCAGCCGGCUGACUUCAGGACGAUCUGCUUGUGUCCCCUCCCUGGCCUGCUCCUUGCGCAGGACUUAAAAGAUGCUCACGAUGGGGUCAACCCUCAGGCCGGAGAUUUCCUUGCAUCCCUCACAGAUUCGGCCUGACUGGCUUAUUUCCACCAGUUACAUUUCUGUAGCUGGCUGAUCAUUCCACAUUGGUGAGUCUGGUUAAACCACUAUCAGCCUGGUCAGUUUCACCAAGCAACUGCCAAAUCACAAAGGCAGAUCAGUAAAACAAUUUGGCCAAACAGCAGUCCUCUGCAUUAAUUUGUGAAUAGUUGUCGCUUCACAAGGGGAGGCUCAGUGAGGUCAUCCAGCAGUCACUCCCACACCCCCAAAUAUACACACACAACCAAUUUCUUCAAGUCGCUUGCUUAAACAAUUAGCAGUGCAGCCAACCAUCUGUUACGGAGAAUAGCGAUAGAUAGAAGAGGGAUAGAAUUCAAUAAAAAAUUAAAGUAUCCUCCAAACCAUUCAUUUCCAAGGAGCCCAGCACCUGGCCGCCGGCUCUGCUCCUUGACUGCCUCCUAGUGGCUGGAGAAUUGUUAAUUCCUCUGAGGGGACGGAGAAUUGUUAAAACAGUUGCUGGCUGUCAGCCUGUUGCAGGAAAUAACGGUUGUCUCCAUCCUCAAACAGUCACUCCGUGCAAUUGUUUUGCUAAAACAGUUGGAACUGCCCACAGUCAAAUGCUGUCCUGGCCGCUCCUGGCUUGGGCUCAGUGGGGUCCCAGUGGUGGAUUCCGUGACCUCGCCCAAAGUUGUCUGGAAGAACCAGCUGUCAGCCCAUGCCGCUGCCGGGCUGCUCAGGCUGGAGGCCCGGCAGUGCUGCCCAGGGCUUGCGGCCAAGCAAAAUCCAGCCCUGAAUCAGGCACGGCCGUGCUGGAGUCGGCCCAGGCCGGUCAGGCGUGUGAAGACAGGCACGGCCUCUGUGCUUCUGUGGGUGCACACGGGAGGCGGUGCCGUCCACACCUUCCUGUGGUGGGGGCCGGCUGCAGCACAGGUCCUCGGGUCCUCUGUCAGCGUGCAGGGAGAGGCUGCCUGGGCUCGGGAGGCUCCUGCCACACCUCACGUCGUUGCUUUUUGUGUGACCGGGAAGGGUUUCAAUAAAACAGGAUGAAGCUUU